AUGACUGCGAACGUCAUGUACGAGCCGUUGGUCCGAACAGUGGCGCCCCCCAAGACACCCAGUGUUCUGACCCUGGGCCUGGCUGCUGACGAGCUAGCAUAUGCAGAGAUGGCGCUGGAACAUACUUACAACGUCAAGGCUUAUAUACCUGAGCCAGAGGGACCGACACUCGCCCUUGACGGCUUUGACCAGACCAUCGCAGAUGCUCUCACGCUCUACGCGAAUGGAUGCAAACCUCGAAGUCCCCGCCUGGGGCUUUGCGAGGUCGCCCCGGACGGGACCACACUCCACACCGUUAUCAAGCAAGGGUCCGAAGGGCUACGCCUGGUCGACGCUAAGAAUAUCCUGAUGGCAAUCCCGAUACUCCAGUCGGCAUUCACGAAGACGCUACCCCCGAAUGACGUAGCCAGCCUCCGCGAUAUCCUUCUGUGGUUCUACCCCGAGGAGCUUCUGUUCGGAACCUUCAACCCGAUCGGUAUCGAGUCAGUUCUGAGAGGCUUGCGGAGCAAGGUGCGAUCGAGGGCGCUCACUGCCGCCGGUCAAAUGACACGCUGGUUCAGAGACCUCUGGCUCUUCGUUUUCGUCGCCCAAAAGGUUGCUUCGCGAGUGGACAGGGCUGCAGGCAUCACGCACGAUAGCUACAACACGGUGCCGCGCAAGCACGAUGGCGUCGUUGCUAGUGUGCUGCAAGAUGAUGGCCUGACCCACCAGCUAUGGUCAGAUUACAGGGAUCUACUCGGAGACCUCGAGAGGCACACCGAAGAGGGAUUGGGCAAUCCCUGGGUGGCCCACGACUGA